CAAGUGAAAUGUAUUCAAAUGUUUAGAGGAGCAUAAUGAGUAGACUUCAUCACUUUUCAUUGCUGAUUGUCACUCUUGCUUUGAGUUUUCAACUAUUUUGUGAUGGAAAGGUGAUGAUGGAGUAUAUCGGAGCCACAGGAGCUCCGGUGGAAUUCGACGACGUUCCAGUCGAUGCAAACAUAGACUUCCAUUUCAUCCUCGGCUUCACCAUCGAUGCAGACUCCUCCGGCGCCCCACAGAACGGCAACGGCGUGUUCUCACCAUAUUGGGCAGCCACCCUGACGCCGGACGCAGUGGCCGCCACAAAGUCCCGUCACCCCAACGUGAAAGCCCUGGCCAGCCUCUCCGGCUGGAGCCUCGCCGGGAAAACCCUGUCCUGGUACAAUCCCCCGGACGCAAACAUCUGGAUAUCAAACGCCUAUUCAUCGCUCAAAUCCCUCAUCCUCACUUACCACCUCGACGGCAUCGACGUCGACUACGAGAAAUUCCCUGCAAACUCCAACAGCAGCUUCGCCUACUGCAUAGGCGAGCUCAUAACGUUGUUGAAGAACCAGAGCUUGAUCUCGGUGGCGACCAUCGCGCCGUUCUACAACACCGUCUCGCCCUACGUCGAGCUCUACGAGAGCUACGUCGAGGUCAUCGACUAUGUGAACUACCAGUUCUAUACGGAUAAGGUUAAGUCCCCGGAGGCGUACUUGGAGGCCUUCAGGAACAGGACGGAGCAGUUUGAUAGAGGGAAGGUUCUGCCGAGCUAUGAGGUGAAUGGGAGAGGGAUUCAGGGAGAUGCGUUCUUUGAGGCGUUGAGGCUGGUGGAAGAUGAUGGUUUUGAUGUGAAUGGGGCGAUGAUUUUCUCGGCUGAUGCUUCUGCAUCUAAUGGUUACUAUUAUGAGAUAAAGACACAGGAGUUCUUGCUUAGCAAUUCUACUAGCUAGUGUAUAUGUGUUCGCGAUGGGAAAUUGUUGCCUUAGUUUGAGUUUUGUGAUGUUGAAGCGAUCAUUCAUUACUGCUGUGAUGCAUGGCUUGAAUUGUGCCGUGUAAACGUUGUCUUGAACUUGAGGCUUUAUUCAUUAUGCUUAGUAACUAAUGUAUUGUCUUUUUAAAUCUGAACUAGUAUUUGAGUUUUAUUCAU